CCCGCGGGAGAGCCUGGCGUCGGGUUCCUUGCGGGAGAGCACAAACUGCGCACACCUGAGCUGCCUGGGUGGAGAAACGCAGCCUCAGAGGAUUUGAAGGGGUUUUGAGAAGAAUCAUGUCUUCAGUGUGGAAGACUCCCCGUGGAUCAGAUGCAAUGCCUGAAAUGGUGGUAAAAAUCAUCGGAAGUAAAUACUUUCAGUAUCUUGUGGAGAAGCCAAAGACCAAGGAGAAUGAGAACUUGAACGCAGAAACUCAAAGCGUGCUCCAGAAAUCUGUGACUGGUAAUGCAAGGCAGAUGAUCAGAGACCCCCCGACUCCUGGUAAUCCCGCUGAUCAUCAAAUCAAUCAUGACCCAGAUGAUGUGGAAGAGAGCAAGCACCCAGAGAACAACCAGAAACCAGAGAACAGCCAGAAACUCCUAACAGGAGUACUCAGUAGCAGAUUUCUGGAUGGCAAAGAAAAUGUCCACUGCAUCUCUGUACCAACUGGAGAUCAGUCCCUGUCCUAUAUCCAUGGCUUCCCCAGGAGAAAACUUAGAGAUUGGUCCUUGGAACAAAUGGCAAGGGUUGGCCUUGAACAACCUAAGGAUAUUGGCCAGAGGCCAAGUGGAAUGACAACAGAAGAUACUUUUCUUCUUGCCUUGGUCAGAAGAGAACUCAAGGCAUGCCCUUUGAGUUCUGGCUUAUUAGAUAAGCUUCAGGAAGAGCUGAAGAGCCUGGAUCCUAUCUCUUCAGGAUUUCUUCUUCAAUCUCAGCUAAGCCGCCACUUCUUGAAGCAUGAAGUCCCUCUACAGUUACCUACAGUCAAGAUCCUCUGCCAGAGAUUUUCUAGGAGAGGCUCUCCUGAAAUGGUGAAUUAUGAAAAGCUACUCUGGUUUUUAAAAGUUGCCGCUUCAGAGGAUCCACAGCAGAGUGAAAGACUUGUGGACAACAGCCUGAGGAAAACUCAGGGUGGUGGCCAUCAUGGCGAAAGCCUUUCCCCUGCCCCUCCACGCGGUACUGCCCCUCAAGACUCCAGCUCCCAGCCAGAAGUGAACAAGAGCCUGCUGGAGAUCUUACAGAUGGCACUAAAGACAACCAAGGGCAAACUCAACACAGACAACCUUAAUCGGAGUUUUCGAAAAGAAGAUCGCUCAUUUUCUGGCUGCCUACCCCCACCCAAGGUCAGGGCUAUAUGUGGGAAACAUGGAUUAUAUCUAACUUUGAGCCUCCUGGAAACAUUACUAAGCCAUCAAGAUUUGGGCUACCAAGAUGAAAUAAAAUGGCAGAAUUUUGUUGAGUUGUUGAGCAGAGCUUCCUCUGAUUUGUCAUCUGAUUUGCCUACAGGAAGGAAAGUAAAGGAAACCUCUGCCACUCCAGUGCAGCCUGAAGUUCCUGAGGUGUCUCAAGGCAAAACUGAACACAUGAAAACUCCAGACGAGGAGCUGCAGCCAGAAAACCUUCCUGCUGAGACUUCAGCCCCUAAAGAUCCCCUGAGUUCUUUGACGAUCAGGCCAGUCUCCCAGCCUUUUGUUGGUCCAGCGAUAAAGAACAAGGAUGAAGAAUGUGAGACAUGGAUCGACAGGUUCAGGAAGCUAGAAAAUGCCCUCUACCUGUGUGAUCUGAGUAAUACAGGAGUCCUGGAGAAGGAACGAGCUAAACGCCUCAUUCACAACUACAAUCUCAUUUACAACCUGUCCCUGAGCCCUCGGAAAAUCGACCAGGCCUUGAAGAGAUUUCGUUCGGGAGAAAAUAUGCUCUUGGAGCCAGCGCUCCGGUACUUAAAGGAGCUAUGAUAACAAGCCCAUAUUGUGAGAACAGAUGUUUCCUUUAUCUCUCUUUUUACCCAGACACGUGUUUCUCCCCAGCCUGAGUGUAGCGGUGGAGGCACUGUCAGAGUGGAGGCUGAUGCAGCUAUUGUAGACACUGUGGACUUGGACUUGAUUUCUGGCUGUGAAGCUUACUCAUAGGCAGCUCAGUGUGAUCUGAGAAAAACAAGGGCUUCUCUUCUGAGGUGGCAAGAACCAAUUUCUUAAAAUCCUCUUCUAUUCUAAUAAAGCUUCUGAUUAAUAA